AUGUUGGAUACGAUCGCCCGUGGCCUGCAGGACCUGGGCAGGCAGGUGCUGCCCACUCUGCCCUCGCUGAGCCAGGAGGAAGUCUCUAUUAUCUGGGGGAAUGUAUCAGAAUUUGUGGGACGGCAGUUAACCCUGCACAAGGGGGUUCAGAUUCCAGGAUUUGGAACUUUCACUUUCAUAAGACAAAAGCUCGAGGUGGGAAACAACAAAUUUAUCUUAAUCCAGAGGCCUGUGUUUAUCAUGGCGGAGAAGCUAGUGCAGAUCCAUGGACUCAAACAAAACAAAGUAUACACUCCUGGUGAUAUCCCAAUUGUUCCACUUAAUUUUGUCAUGAUAUCCCUGGAGGGUCCAUUUAACAGAGAUGUGGUGGAAGGAUGUGUGAAGGAGACAUUGCUUUUUUUAUCGCAAUCCAUUUCCAUGAAACAAAAUGUGGAGUUUACAUUCAAAGGAAUUGGAGUCCUCAUGAUCAGAGACAGCAAAGUGAAGAUGAGGUUUUAUAAAGACUUCCUUUGUACCAUGGAUGGAAGUGGGGCUUUGGCAAAGGCCCUAGCAAAUAGGCCUGGCACUGUGGACUCGGUGUUGUCUAGCAGAGAGGCCUUGAGGAAGUGGCCCAGCAGUGUGCUUGCAUUUCCAAGGAUUGAGCUCAAGGAGAUGGAAAACAAACUGCCUAUGGAGACCCUUGCAGAAGAAUGUGGAGAGAAUAGAGAAAGGAAGUGCAAGUUAAAAGACCAGUCAGACAAAGAAGAAGGCACCAGAGAUAUCUCAUCACCCAAAAGACUUCGAGAUAGACAAGCUUUGUUCCCUGCCAAAGUGACAAAUGUCAGCUUGCUGGAAAAGUUUGACCGAAGUGAGAGUGGUGGGAAGAUUAUGACCCCUGAAAGCUUAUCAUCUCCAAGUUGUCUGAAACAUGACAGUGAGAUGAAGCCCCAAACAUCUCCAGCUUGCCAGGAUCAUAAUAAGGCAGGACAGGAAAUGUGCUAUGUAUGUUUGCAACGAGCACAACGAAAUUCCCUGUUGUACUACAGUGAGGAAAGGAGGAGAGAGAUAGAAGAUGAGAGACUCAUACAGCAGUAUCAGAUGUUGAAAGAUCAGGAGGCUCUCUUCAGACACCAGAUGAAAAGUCUGGCUACUAGAGAACAGAAUCAGAAAAAUGCUGCCUAUAAUCUUGGAGUUGCUGAAGCUAUAAGAAGCCACAAGAAUGAGAAACCGGAAUUUUAUAAAUCCUUCCUAUUUGACAAACGGCCACUCAGUCCUGCGCUUAAUGCUCUUAAGCAAGAGGAGUAUUCCCGGAGUCUCCUGAAACAAAUGGAUAACAGACAGGAAAACGAAAUAAAGCAAAGACAAUACAGAGAGUUGAUGGACCGCCUGGAACAAGUGCAACUCACAGAGGAACUUGCUGCGCAAAGAGCGAAAUUUUUAAAAGAUAAGAUGGAAGAAACACAGUGUUACAAGAGAGCUUUGGAUGCACAGAUAAAGAACAAACCCUCCCGGCUGCCCCGCUUUGAGCCAGACUCCUCCGAGCCCAUCUUUGGUAAGAAUGAGGGUGAACUGAUGGUGGAAAAGCAAAAGCGUGAACAAAAUUUCAUGAAACACCAGCUGGAGGCAGCUGCUAACCACAAGAGGAAAGCCAUCCUGCAUCAACUAGUGGACCAGAGGCGGGAUUUGCAAAUGCUUCAGAGGACACAAAGAGAGCACUUGGCAGACAGAACCACUGAGCUGGAGCGAGUAAAUAGAGUCAACCAAUGCUUACAGGAGGACUGGGAGAGGAGUGCUGCGAUGAAGAAGCAGCGAGACCUGGAGGAGAAGGCUUUUGAACGGGCUUCAGACAAGCUGUUUCUCCUCGACCAGUGUGAGAAGUAUCGGCGCUGCAAGCAAUGCCAGAGGCGCACCUCCAACGUGGGCGAGAGCAACCUGUGGCCCCUGAACAAGUUCCUGCCUGGCUCCCGGUUGCUUGUGUAAAACUCAAAGUUUGGCUCUGCGUUUCCUGGGGAAAGUUUUUAUCUUUUACAUGUUUGGGGGUGAUUGUGAAACUGCGUAUUUUUACCUCAGAGAAAAAAAUCAUUGUUUAGAUUUGGUGCUUUCAUUAGAUUGCUUGUUAAGCCCUUACUGAAUUCACUCCUGCUUUCCUCCCACCCCCCACUUAUUUCCUAUACUCAUCUCUGAUGGCAGUGAAGGUGUCUAAAUGGUCCUGAGGGCUAGAACCUGCGGCACAGGGGCUGGGAAUCAGACCCAGCUUCAUUAUGGCUGCUGGGGUGCUGCUGACCCAGCCCUGCUGCUGCUCCAUGACUUUGUGUACAAAACUUUUUUCAUCUGUAAUGAAUAGUGGCAAUAAUAAAUAUUUUCUAAGCGCC